GAACCAAUCAGCCGCAGCUCGAGUCUUGGAGAGAUGGAAACUCGAUAAGAACGGUUAGUAAUAGAGAGCCUAAAACAGCUCAUUCUCAGACUUUGAGCGUCUGCGCCUCAGAUAAAGCCUUGUUCCUUCAGAAUCAUAGCGCAUUACAUUAUAGUGUGGCUGUAGCUGCAUGCAUUGUUUCGGGCGUAAAGUGCCAAUAGAAAACGCCUCGUCCCUAAACGAGGCUUCAACUCCAAUAUUGAUCGAGACGACACAGCCUCGUGACUCUGUGUUGUUACCACACAGCCUCGAUGACGAUAAUAUAUUGAGCAAGAUGUCUAGUGUCGAGAACAGUACCGCCAAACGUCCUCCUCGAUGCCAAAUUCAUUACUGGUCUUGGUGCUCGUACUCGUGCAGUAUUUCUUAGUCACUUGGGCACGGUGGGUACCGUCGACGACUACUGUGACCCACGGUAUAACAACAUCUCCAGUAAGGUUGGGCACAUUCGAUGAGCCAGAACCAAGAGCUUCUGCAACGCCAUGGAAGCGUCAAGUACCAAUUUCCGCUCGUCAAAUUGCCUCGAGUAGUACACCAGUUGCGAGUCCAUCUCCAACACCAACGGGAAUUAAGUUAGGUCAGGUGGUGAUAGCUUCAACGAGGCAAUCGACAUUACCUUCUGCCAUCUGUGCAAUUGGACCAUGGUCGAACGGUAGCAAAUCUGCCUUGGAAAUAUGGGGAUGCUCAAGCGGAUACCUGAUCGGAUCAGAUACCCUCACUUUCAACAGUCGAGAUGAAUGCAUCUCAUCUGAUGGCCGAUAUUUUUUUCAACCAUAUGGACGGGCGAUGUUGAGCUCUCACAAGGCACUAUUGUUUCUUAUAAUACUUCUUCAUAUUAUUCUUUCACCACAUCGUAUACAACUACCACCAUAUCUGUCACGAAUUCAGCCUAUGUCUAUACUGGUGAAGCCGAUAGCGACUAUCAAACCCUUACCACCUAUACUCAGACACGUCCUUCUUCACUCUACUAUGAGACAUAUUCAAUUUGGGUCAAAACGUUCGUCAGCGAGACUGUAAGUUGGAGCGGCACCACAUAUACUCAGACCUCGACCGACCAUUUCGUGGAUUACUCCUACGUAUCCUCUAUCAUUACCUACACCACUUGUGCGGGCCCUCAGGUUUACUCUUUCGAUCAGUGGGUCAGUUUUUGUU